AAUAAUAAUAAUAAUAAUAAUAAUAAUAAUAAUAAUAAUAAUAAUAAUAAUAAUAAUAAUAAUAAUAAUAAUAAUAAUAAUAAUAAUAAUAAUAAUAGCAAUAAUACCAAUAAUAAUAAUAAUAAUAACAAUAGUAAUAAUGAUAAUAAUAAUAAUAAUAAUAAUAAUAAUAAUAAUAAUAAUAAUGUUAAUAGUACUAAUAAUAAAAAUAAUAAUAAUAAUAAUAACUUUAAUAAUAAUAAUAAUAGUAAUGAUGAUAAUAAUAAUAAUAAUAAUAAUAAUAAUAAUGAUAAUAAUAAUAAUAAUAAUAAUAAUAAUAAUGAUAAUAAGUAUAAUAAUAAUAAUUGUAAUAAUAAUAAUUAUGAUAAUGAUAAUGAUAAUAAUUAUGAUAAUAGUAAUAAUAAUAAUAAUAAUAAUAAUAAUAAUAAUAAUAAUAAUAAUAAUAAUAAUAAUAAUAAUAAUAAAACUAAUAAUAAUAACCGUAUUGACAAGGGUUUUCGAAGGUGGUUGGAACUAAUGGUAUUAUACCAGACCAAUAUCAGGCUUUCCUACGUUGACGAAUUAGCGAUUGAAUGUCCAAGUUGUCCAGAACUUGGCACUUACAACGCUUUCAUUUGUGUGACUGUCGGUCUAGCUGACGUUUAUCUCUUGGGUAUAUCCUUUCUUCCAGAGUUGUGUUGUGUUCCGGACAUCUGGACGGCCGAGGGCGGGGUUGUCCGAGGCCCGACGCUCGUCAAGCAGGAGCGACCGACGCCCACGCCCACACCCGCCGGCACGCCCACCACCACGCCCUCGACGACGCCCGCGCCCAUGCUGGCUCACCCUGCGCUCCCUUCCAUUCUUGCGCCCAUACAGCAAGUGCCGCUCGAUCUGCAAAUCGACUCGUGCGAGAACACGGACCCAGACCCCAACGUGACGCUGGACUACGUGCUCAACAGCAACGGCACGGCGACCUGCAAGCUGUGCGGCGAACUGCUCCCGUCGCGUAACCACUGGUAUCGCCACAAGUACAAGACGCAUGCGACGGCGCUCUACCGCUGCGAUGACUGCGGCGUCGUUUACAAGAGCAAGAAAGGUUACGAGACACACAUGGAGGUCAAGCACGCCAAAGUGAAGAGUGUGGGCGGCGAGCGGCCCCGGAAACGCGACUGGGAGGGCGUGAACCGCGCCAUGGAGGAGGCGAAGCGGCAGCAGGAGGAGGCGAUGGUGAGCGCAAUCAUCGCACGGGUGAAGCUGGAGUGCGCUAUGGAGGGCGAGGACUGCUCCAGACGGGGCUACCAGAAGCACUGAGAAGCCGCCGCCGCCGCCGUCGCCGCCGUCGCCGCCCGAGCCCCGGAGCUCCUGAACAAGUGAUAUAUGUAGCUACGUCGACAAAUCAGGAUGAGUGUAUGUGUGCGUUCGAGUACAAGUGAGCGUGACUGCGCGCGUGGAUGCAGUCGUGGAUGCAGAGAUGAGAAUUACAAUAAGAAAGUGAUGUUAAAUCGUAAGAAAAGUAUACUAAGACCACAGUGGAAAAAAACUGUUCAGAUGGAAAUGAACAAGACGAGUGAUAGUGAAAUUUCCUUUGAGGAAAAAAAAACGAACAAAAUGGCGAUUGAAAAGCAAAAGCAAUUGCCGGAGGCGAAAACGACGAAAAGACGCAGCCAACGGCAGUGUAAGUUGUUCUGACGUACAACGGACGACGAAACGCACAACGUCUCUAAAGGAUCGCCGGGCGGGGGGGAGGCUGCGCCAGGCGGGGCAGGCAGCUCGCUCCUGCGGGAGGCCUCGGGCCAACGAGCCAGUGGCACCCUCGGCGGCACCCUCUGCUGGCCUCUGCUGGCACUGUCUGGAGGCGCUAUCCUUGGCGGGUCCGAACCCGAGCACGAAACGUGACCAGAACACA